AACCUCCCCCAUCACAUCGGGAGUGACAUGGCGAAUGACGCUCGCGCUUUCUGUCAGUCGGCGAAAUGACGUGCCGGAGAGCGUUUCUGUUUUUAACGGCGUUGGUGUUCUGUGCAACAUUUCGACGAGGUGCAUCCGCUGUCGCUGGAACCAUCGAAAAUAAAAGUGUCACUGAGGAAGCGCAACCAGAAGGUUGCAUUGAGUGCGGAUAUUACAGAUGCCCGGAGAAUCCUGGAAAGUGCUUGUUGGGCUCGGUACCUGAUCCUUGUGGAUGCUGCCCGGAGACUGGUUUGUGCGCCCGUCUCCUUGGCGAACCAUGCUGGAACGAGAGCAUCCCUCUUCUAUCUCCAAAGAGCCGUAACGACGGAUACUGCGCAAGAAAUUAUCUGUGCGAGUUACGCUCCGAUCUACAAGAAAAGGAUGCUCCAGAGGCAACCUGCGUUUGUAUGGAACAGAGCCCGGCAUGCGGUAGCAAUAAUGAAACUUACUCGACGCCAUGCGCAUUGCACGAAGAGGCGAUGAAACUCAGAAACUCAUCUUCCUUGAAGUUGCAACACCUCGGUCCUUGUGAAAGUAGACCUUGGAUUCUAUCAACUUUGGAAGAUGUUGUCUCAGCUUUUGGUCAACGCGUCGCACUCAAUUGCGAGGCGAAGGGUUUUCCUGUGCCGGAUAUCAUCUGGGAAUUUCAUUCGGAUGACGGAAGAACAGUGUUGAGAUUACCGGCGGAGGAGCACGGGGCGACGAUACACACGAGUGAUGGCCCAGAACCGCUGAUGCGAACAUCUUGGAUGCAAUUGGCUCGACUGGACGAAGAACACAUCGGCAUGUAUUAUUGCAUUGCUAACAAUUCCAUGGGUGAGGCAAGCACAUCUUCAUUCGUGUCCAUGUUGUAAGAUUGUGUUUUUAUCCUGUGAGACAAUCUUCCGUGUAACUGCUAUGUCCACGAAUAUAAUGCGAAAGAAAAACAAGCUAACUAGUAGAGAGAUUGAGAGAUUUAUUUUUAUAACAAAUAAGCACGAAGAAUUUUUCACAAAAAAAUCAUACAACUUUGAAAUCGAGUAAUCUUCAUAAAAAUGUAUAAAUGACAGUUGGUUUUCAGAGAUCUGCUUGCGGUAAAUUAGAUACAAAUAAAACUUAUUUUGUACAAU